UGAUGAUGGUAAAGAGAAGGAGGUGGUACAAGUAUCCAAAUGUACGGCAAUCGCUGCAAAACUGCCUAUUUUUCUGGUUUCCAUUGCCCCCACUCCCCUCCAUCUCUCUCUCAGUACUCUCAAUUUUCACGCCGCCGCCUUCCUCCGCCCUCCGCCCUCCGCCCUCCGCCCUCCGUCGGCGGUAUGUUUUUCUCCGUCUCCUCUUCCUCCGCUCUCCGGUAACGGAAGGAUCCGAUUCACUUUCCAAUCUUCCUGAUGAGGAUUCUGUCGGAAUUUCCGGCUAGUGCCUCGAAUGCUUCCGGAAAGGCCUCCCAAUUCAGGGUAUAAGGAUUCCAAAUCCUCUUGUUUGUUUGUUUGUUUGGAUUUGAAUGGUUUGAAGAUGAACGGUGUUUUGCUUCUUCGGUAAUUGUAUAGAUAUAUAUAUAUAUAUAUGGAGAAAUUUAGGAGUCUAUCACGGGCUAGGUUGUUGAAAUUGUUGGAUUAAUGGAAGGAAUAAGCAGACGGAAUCUGAUUGCUCAUAAGGAUCAGAAUUUCUUUCUGGAUGUGGGGAGGAUGCUGCUGAGAUAUGGCAUAGACAACUUUUUGUUUUAACUUUUCUUUUUGAUGGUUUUUGUUUGGUGGAUUUGGUGGGGGUUUUUUUGGGUAUACUGAAGAGUUUAUUAACAUGAAAAACAGAAUUUGUGUUGAUACUUGUAUGGAGUUGGAUGCUAAAGAAGAAGUACCUCAUCAUCUCUUGGAUUUGAACUCAAGUGGAAGAGUGGAUGAUGGUCAUCACCUUGGAUCAAGUGAUUCAUUGUUCCCUGGUCUUAUUGAUGAUGUUGCCUUGAAUUGUCUUGCUUGGGCUUGCCAAUCAGAUUACACUUCAUUGUCGUGCCUUAACUCGAGGUUUAACGAGUUGGUUAGAAAUGGUGAUUUAUAUGGGUGGAGAAAACGUUUGGGCAUUAAAGAGCAUUGGGUGUAUCUGGUUUGUGAUUUAAAGGGUUGGGAAGCAUAUGAUCCUUUGAGGAAAGUAUGGAUGACUUUGCCAAAGAUGCCUUGUGAUGAGUGUUUCAAUCACGCUGACAAGGAAUCGUUGGCUGUUGGUAGUGAACUGUUAGUUUUCGGCCGUGAGAUGUUUGAUUUUGCUAUAUGGAAGUAUAAUUCAACUUGUAAUAGUUGGACAAAGUGUCAAGGAAUGAAUCGACCUCGCUGUCUAUUUGGCUCAGGUAGCCUUGGUUCAAUUGCUAUUGUAGCAGGUGGGAGUGAUAUAAAUGGGAAUAUUUUAGAUUCAGCAGAGUUGUAUGACUCUUCAUUGGGCACAUGGGAAAUGUUACCGAAGAUGACGACCCCGCGUAGAUUGUGUUCGGGGUUCUUUAUGGAUGAAAAGUUUUAUGUGAUCGGUGGAAUGUCGAGCUCCACCGUUUCAUUAACUUGUGGGGAGGAGUACAAUUUUCAAACAAGAAAAUGGAGGAAAAUUGAGGGAAUGUAUCCUUAUGUUAACAGGGCUGCUCAGGCUCCUCCCCUUGUUGCCGUAGUGGAUAACCAAUUAUAUUCAGUGGAGUAUUUAACUAACCUGGUUAAGAGGUAUGACAAAGUAAAAAACUCAUGGAAUGUAUUGGGAAGGCUUCCUCUGAGGGCGGAUUCUUCAAAUGGCUGGGGCCUGGCUUUCAAGGCCUGUGGUGAGGAGCUUCUUGUCGUAGGUGGGCAAAAAGGUCCGAACGGUGAAGCAAUCGUACUCAACGCUUGUUCUCCGAAGUUCGGCAUGAGGAAUGGAGCCUUGGAUUGGAAGUUUCUUGGUGUGAAGGAGCACGUCGGAGUGUUCGUCUAUAACUGCGCUGUCAUGGGUUGCUUAUAAAAUAACUCGACAGAAGAGCCCGACUCCAUCGCUAGAUCUGUCCCAUAUGGAGCCCUCGCUACAUUUACCUCGGUCGGCUACAACUGUUCAUCCCCGUAAUGCUUUUUUCAGUUUCUGAAUGUGCUUUUCAAGUGUCUCUUCUGUUUCUGUGUUGUCCUGUUGGUUAGUUUGAUCUAAGUUCUCUAUUGUCUGUUUGUCACAUUCAUCCUGUUUCCUUCAUUGCAUCUUUACUAAUAAAUAGUUAUAGCCUCUCCGGUCAUUGGAUUAUUGUUCAAUUCUAACAUUUCUAUGCUUUGAUUCAAUGGUAAGUCUACUCUCCUAUCAUCA